AUGGCUGUCUCUACAAAUGAAGAAAUUUCGUUGAUUUCUUCCUUUGCAUUGGUUUGCUCAGCAUCAAUUGGUACUGGAGUUUUAAUUCUCAGUUAUGGAGUGAUGCAGGCAGGCCUUGCACUUGGAAGCUUAUUUAUGGUGCUUGCUUCAAUAUGUGGAUCUUUAACAGAAUCUAUUAUUAUUGUCUCUGCAUUGAAGCUAAAUGCAAAAAGCCUGACAAGUUUGAUAGCUAGGGCAGUUGCAUACUCUGUAAUUCGGAAAAAGAGACAAAUAAUGAAGAAAAGGCGUGCUCACUCAAAGGCUGAAGAAGGAAAAGGUAGCUUCAUUAUUGACUCUAAUAGUGACUCUAGUAUUAUAAAAAAGAACUUUGGUAGGAAAGUUGUAGGUAGUCGCAAAAAGUUAGGUAAGAGUGUCGUGGAAGAAGAUCAAGCAGCACUUUUAGAUUCUUCAAGCGAAAAAAGUAAUCAAGGACAUGCUAAUUGGAAUGAGGUUUCAGAUCUAGAAAGUACAGUUAGUGACUUGGACUGUGUAAGAAAUGUACUGUUGAAUAAUUCAUUGCUUUUUGAUGACUUCAGACAAGAAUUAAAGAAAAAACUAAUGCUUCAUUCUCGAGUUUUAAAUAUUUUAGUAAUAAUUACGAUUGGGUAUUGCAUACCAACUUAUUUCAUCUUGUUCACAGAUUAUGUAGAGGAGCUUUUCGUUCAGUUAAUCCACACUCUAUCUAUUAGUUUCGCAGACUCAAGCUCUGUUUUGGGUAUAAUUUCUUUCAUGGACUCUAUAAAUAAUAAAGUAGCUCUUAAUUUCCUUUGCUUUAUUCUGGUAUUUUAUACAUCCUACCAACCAGACAUCUCUAAGAUAGCAAAGCUAGGGUUUCUUUCACUAUUUUCAUUCAUCAUUUUUCUGUUUGCUGUACUUUACAGGUACUUUAUUUACCCUUUUGAAGGAGUUAUGGGUACUCCUGCUGAGAAUUAUGAAAUUGGGCCUCAUAUGGGAAUUCUUCAAGCUUUUAAAGUGUUUAACUAUGCAAUUUACUGCUUUUACUCCCAUUUAAUUUGUAUUCAGGCUGUUACAUCCGUGAAAAAUAUAACUUACAAAAAGGGAAUCUUCAUUGCAAUGGGAACAACAGCACUAAUGCUUUUUAUUUGUUUGUCUCUCUCAACAGUUCUUAACUUCAGCUUUGGUACCGCACUUCUUCCAAAUCCAACUUUGAAUUACUCUCCACUUGACUCGGUGAUUGCCCUUGCUAGAUUCGUAUCUGCAUUAACAAUGCUCGUAGUCAUUCCAAUGCAUGUAAUUCCGUUCAUUGACUCCAUUUUUAACAUAUAUUUUCUUGACAGAUUUGCCGAGGACAUGGUCGAGGAGGUUGAAGAAGCAAUGAUAAUAUGCGAUAAAAAUCAAGAGAAAAACAAAAACCGACACAGCCAACAUAGUGUCAGCUCAUAUUUUACACUUUUUGAUGAUGGUUUCAAAUCAAAAAAUAAUAAACAUGAAAAAGAACAGGUAAAUUCAUGCAGAAAAGGCAAUUCAUCAAUAAAAUCAAACUUUACUGGCAAGUUAUUCCGCUCUAUUUACUUUAGAAUUGUUGCAACUCUUAUAUUCCUGCUUUUCUGCAUACUAUUUGCUCUUUUAGCCAAGAAUGCCGCUCAAUACAUAGAGCUUUUUGCAGGAUUUAUUGAUACCUUCAUUAUUAUUGUAUACCCAUUAUAUAUUUAUAUAAGUCUGUGGAGGCACAAAAUGCCACUGUUUGCAAAUAUAAUAAUUAUUGGAUAUCUUGUAUUUUACGAAAUUUGUGCAUUAAUUGCAGGUAUUUAUACUGUAUAUGAACAUGUUUUCCAUAUCCAUUAA